AAUUCAUCUGUCAUGUUCGUGAGCAAUGGUGAUCUCAAGUUUUCAAGGGAUAAAUUGAUUAUGGAUGUCAAUUUGAUGCUGAGAAGUCAAGGCAUUUUGAAGAAGGAGAGAGGGAAGAAUUUAAGAAAUCGAAAUAUUGUAAUUAAACCAUUUGGAUUGAAAAGAGAUUAUGAAACAGUGAAUAUAAUUAAUUGGAAAAAUGAAAAAGUCUUCACCACGCAUAAAUCGAUAAGAAAAACAAUAUCAUAUGCCCCAAUAUCCAAAAACAGAGCUGUGUCAAAAGAGAAAUAUCAGUUAAAUUCUCCUUCUGUAAUCAAAGCAAAAUACAAAUUGAUGAGGAGAGCACUUAAGAACCGUUCAACUCAUCAAUCAGUACUAAACAAGACCUCAUUAUCUCUAAAUCGAUGCAAAAGAAAACAAAUAUUGGCAAAAUUCAUGCUUGGGCCUCUCAAAAGAGUAUCUUAAACCAGAUUAUGUCAUUGUAAUAACCUUCAAAUUAAUUUGUUGACAAAGGGUGAAUUUAGAUGU